CACUUCGGAUCCGACUAUAAAAUUGCACUCGGGCAGCCUCUCCCAGUCAAAGCAAUCAACGAUGGCAAACUCUCUGAUAGUCUGUCUGCUACUCAUAUUCGCAGCACAUCAGUUGAACUCUCUCGUUCAAAAUGGCUAUCACAUUUCUCCGUACACGAGCAACUGGUUCGAAGCAGUGGAAUACUGCCACCGAUUCGGAAUGCGGUUGGCCGUUGUAAACACGCCAGAGAAACACGCGGCCGUCGUUAAAGAAGCACAGGACACGGGACUAUGGACGAGUGGAUUCAUGGGUGUUUGGCUGGGCGCCAGUGAUCUAGCGAGGACACGCACCUACAUAUGGCAGGAUACCGGAGCUCGGGUCAACUUUGCCCGGUGGAAUGCGGGAGAACCGUCCGGUGGCAAUGAGCACUGCAUGAACCUGUACUACUGGGUAACGCAGCGGUUUAAUUGGACUUGGAAUGAUGCACCCUGUGAUACCAGCUUGUACGCGAUAUGUGAGCCGAGGAAUCAGUGCUGAAGUGUGAGGUUUCUGUUAAAAUGGUGACAACAAAAUGGUUUAACACUACUAGUACAAUUAGAUUUUUUGCUUUUUUUGUAUUGGACAAAUAUUGAGUUAAUCAAAAAAACUUUUUCUUGGUUCUAAUGACAAAUGUUUAGUUUGAGAUUACUAGGUAGUGGAUCUUACAAAAGCAUAUUCGGAGCUCACAAAAUCAAAACCACUUAACGCAAGUGAAACCUUAGUGUUCCCAAUGUUGAUUGGAAAAUAAAAUCUAAUCAAGCCAA